GAUCGCGACGCGCCGUCGCGGCCUGCGCCUGGGGCUACGCCACCGGGUUUCCCGUCCGCGUCAUACCCGUGUUAUACGGCGUACGCGCGCGAGCGUUAUCUGAUGAUUCGCGUUUCUCUCUGUGAACCGCCGCCGCCGCCGCCGAUAUAUCCUCGUGGUGUGGGUGCCGCCGCCGACUACGCGGUAUUUAAUUUUUCUGCUUCGCUGCAGUGACGACGGUCUCCGCAACCGCCCCGGCAAUCGCUCUCUCUCUCUGCACCGCCGUCGCGCGUACUCAUAUAUUAAUGUAUCGCAGUAAUAACAACACGAGUACGCCAUAACGACGAUAUGACGCCGUUACCGUUAUCGUAACAUUGUAUUCGCGGGCCGUCCGAGUGCGUGUCGGCCGACCACGAAAUUUUUUUACAUACGCUCCGAAGUCGGCGUCCGCGAUAGUCGUGUCUUCGCCGUCGUUGUCGCGGUCGCCGCCGCAGCAGCCGCCGUCGGUACAGUGCGAAUCGCGCGCGCGCGCACAGUCCGUCGUCGUAGGUGGAUGAGCGCGCACGGACGGCGCGUACUCUCGCCGCCGCCGCCGCCGCCGCAUUGACAGACACACAAGGAUACCGUGGUCAUGUUCUGUAAGUUGAUAUGCUGAAGGAUAUUCACAGUCCAGGAUUGGCAGCCGAUCCAGAGGACGGCAGCAACGGAGCUUGUUGCGCCGGUUGCGGUAGAUCCAUAGACGACCGUUUCUACCUGUCUGCAGUGGACAUGUGUUGGCACAUUGGGUGUUUGCAAUGUGCCGAAUGUAAGCUGCCACUAGACACAGAACUAACGUGUUAUUCAAGGCACGGCAACAUCUAUUGCAAACAAGACUAUUACAGGUUGUUCUCGAUAAAACGCUGUGCCCGGUGCCAGGGCGGUAUCGGCGCUUGCGACCUAGUGAUGAGAGCCAAAGAUCUCGUGUACCACGUGGAGUGUUUCGCGUGUUAUGCGUGCGGCGCGGUCCUGUGCAAAGGCGACUAUUACGGAGUACGGGACGGCGCGGUUUUCUGCAGACCUGACUACGAGCGCCUCAAGCACAGGGACAUGGCGUGCGAUCUGGAGCCGAUGUGCAGCCCGCCCCGGGCGGCAGGCCAUCACUGGCCGUCGGUACACAAGGGCAGGCCUCGGAAGAAGAGAAACGUCCAAAUGUUGUCGUCACCCAUGGCGACGGCCGAUUGCAACGGGCUUACCGAACUCAACGUGCUCAGCAUACCGCAAUCGACAUUGGUCAUGCAAGCCACAGACCUAUCUUCUUCAAUGGAAUCACUGACUUACGAAACGUCCAGCUUGUCGUCGCCCACAAACUCUUCGACGAUGGGCGGCACUACCGGUGGCAUGUCACAGCAGCAACAUCAGCAAACACGGACGAAACGCAUGCGAACGUCAUUCAAACACCACCAGCUGCGUACAAUGAAGUCGUACUUCAACAUCAACCAAAACCCAGAUGCCAAGGACUUGAAACAGCUGGCUCAAAAGACUGGACUGUCCAAACGAGUGUUACAGGUAUGGUUUCAAAACGCCAGAGCAAAAUGGAGAAGAAACAUUAUGAGGCAAGAGAACAACCAAAUGGUAACCAGUUCCAUGUCGAAUCAAAAUCAGACUACGCCGUCCGACCCCGAUCUCAUCAGGGGACACACCCAGACCUCGCAGGGUUUAAACUUUGUAGAUCUCUUUUGAUUUCACACGUGAGUCGUAAUCAUGUUUAUUAAAAUAUCACCAUCGUCAUCGCGGGUGCCCUGUAUAUUAUCGUCGGCCAGUCCGAGCACGUUAGGCGUAUCUGAAGUUAAAUUCAAUCGCGCCCGACGACAAAACAUUCGACCCUCCCCUAUAUAUAUAUAUAUAUAUACCGUUUUCUUUUAAAAUCCAAUAGAUAAAAUCCCGGUAAUGAACAAUGAUGCGUAGCCGUAUCCUAUAAUAAUAUGUACGGGCGUGUGUUAUACGAUAAUCGAUCGUAACGAUUCGGGUAUGCAUAAAAAUGAUAAAUCAAUACGAUAUUAUAUUAUUAUAUUACGAUAUUCUUACAAAAUAAUUUGUGUACGCAUUACGCAUUGUAUGUACGUUACUAUAACCGAUUGAAAAUUGUAAUUAAUAUAUAAUAUUACGUUUAAGUGAUUAUAAGUUUAAGAAAGAGAAAACAAUUGUUCCUUAACUUGAUGUAUUAUUAUUAUUAUUACACUCUUUGUUAUAUAUAUAUAUAUAUGUAUGUAUAUACUUACAUGCGUAUGUAUUUAUAAUUCGUAAUCCGUACAUUGUAACUGUUACAAUGUAACAUAUUAUUAUUAAUUAAGUUUAAUACGUAUACAUUAUUAUUAUAUGUUCAACACGCGUGUUAUUUGAGCUGCCUAUUCGCGUGCGGCGUAUACUCAAAGGUCGCUAAACACUCGCAAUUAAUUGUAUAUGUUUUCUUUUGUGCGUGAAUAAAAAAACUAAUAUUAAUUGAAUGGUCACCCUAAUUAGUAAUUAGUAUAAACGACUCGUAAAAAAAUAAUUAUACACCGCACGGCAAAGACUAGCAAUGAUAAUACGUACGCGUAGGUUCACGCCUUGGCUGAGAAGUUAUAAGACCCCUGUCACUUUGUCAUAUAAUCUAAUUUUUUUUUUUUUUAACAAAUCCGAUAAUUUAAACAUGUAAUAUUCCUUUUCAUAAUGCCGUGUAUCACACCGCCAUUAACUGAUCGUUUACAAACAAAUUCAAAAACAGGCUAAGUACCAUAUCAUAAUGAAUUUAAUAUUUAUGCCAUCGAUUUAUAUGACAAUUUAAUGAGUCUGUACUCGAUAUGCAUGUUUGUAAUUUAUUGGUGAGAUAAUUUCGACAACAUGAAAACGAUCAUGUUUCAUUGUUCCCUGAAUAAAAUUUAACAAAUUCAAACAAAAUUGGCAACACUAUAAAAAAUAUUUCAACAAUUUUUGUGCUGUAGGUAUAUUAUUAUUACUUUUUCAAUUAUCAAACUAUUGUAUCCGGUUUGAAAUAAUAAUUAAAGACUGUAUAAUACAUUAUCGUAAUCAGUCUACAAGAACCACGAGUGCGUUUUAUUAACCUCGUUUUCAUGAAUUUUUAUUUUUAAGGCGUAUUGACCAAGCAUAUUGUAGGUACACCUAUGUUAUAUAAGAAAACAUAAAAAAUAAUUGAACAUUUUAAUUUUCCAUGUAAUUGUAUCGUCCAUAAAAAAAAAAAAAAAUACUUAGUUACGUAAAAUAUAUAGCUUCGAAGCCAAAGGUACCGUAAUAUCAACUAUGUUAUAUUGUAUCAUAAUAUUAUGGGAGGAAGAGGAUUGUUAUAAAUACUGUUAUUGUUUCGGGCCAAUAUCUUUAUUGCUUACAACACAUGCAGAUAAGCUAUUCCAAAGCAAUUGAUCUUAUUAAAUUCUAGUCAAUUUAUUAUUUAAGCAUAUUAACUAUAUAUUAUAUAAAAUUGAAAAUAAAAUCAAUAUUAUAAUAUUAUUAGCGAAUAUUUUAGUGUUUAAUGGUAGAUAGAUCCGAUUACAAUGUCGUUAUUAUAAUAUUAUAUUAUAAACUUCUAGGAGAUUAUA